UUCAAGAAACCAGGAAAUUACCUAAUGAAUGAAAGGUACCUAAUAAAAGAAAUAAAAAAAUUGGUCUGAAUUUAUUUUUCCAGCAUAAUGAGUUCGUUAUUGAAAAAGGGCAUUUUUUCGAAUCCUAACACCGUUCGUAAAACGGUUGGAAUAUUUUGUAAUGCUGUACGAAAUCACUGGAAUUAUCAAUACAAGCCUGGCCCUUAUCCCAGGACUAUGGAAGAGCGAGCUGCUGCAGCUAAAAAGUAUGGGAUGAUACCCGAGGAAUACCAACCUUAUCCAGAGGAAAUGGGUUAUGGAGACUACCCCAAGCUACCUGAUAUUGGAGCAGACUCCAAAGAUCCAUUUUAUCCAUAUGACUGCCCAGAACUGAAAAGAAACUUCAAUGAACCGAUGCAUGCUAUCUCUGAGCUUAUUGGAGAAGAUCGUUAUGAUAUUAGUAUGAAACCAAGGUUCUCUGUUUUACAUCAAGCCUUAUGGUUCUUAGGAAUGAUUGGAGGAUCAUUUGCGUUAUACUUAUUUUUGGAAGAUUACAAAAUUGGGAGACCAGUCACUUGCAAGCAAUAUCCUAAUGAUGGACCCCACUAUUUGUUUGCACCUAAAUAGAUGCAAUCCAUUGUUUAAUAUGAUUUGUUAGACACUAGCCACAUAAAGUAUUGUGUAUAAUAUAA